AUGCUACACGAACUCCUCCUCUCGCUCUCCGGACACUCAUCCCCGCUCUUCGAUGCCCCUGGCCACGUGACCUCGACUGCUGAUCGUCUGCUCUCUCCAUCGGAAAAAGAACUGUUGUCUUCAGUCGGCCAUCUUUCCAGGCUACACCGAAAACUGCGCGACCAUGCUGCUUGGAUUGCCGCUUCUCACCCUUCCAUCAUCUGUCGAGCAGUCGCCACUUCAAUCACAUCACAUCAUCUCGAACAGUUUCAACAGAAAAUACUUGAUGUUGAGAGCCGCAUCCUUAAACAAGAUGCUUCGACUGUUGGUGCGUACAACAUUGUGCCACUUGCCGGGGUCGUCAGCGAAUUUUCUGAAUGGGUCAGGAUCAUGGAGUGGCUCUGGGACAUCACCAACUAUAUGAUUCCUGCGGAAGCUUCUUACAAAAUCGAGAAAAUGCUUAGCCAAUCUGCUUCAGGUGCUGGAAUCAUUGACAAGCUACGGGCGGAGGCGCAGACUGGGUUUCCUGACAUCGAAGAGGCCGCGCAUGGUCUGAGCAAGGUUGCAGAAACAUCGUGGCUACGGCAACUAUCGACAUGGUUGCUGUACGGUCGCCUGCCUUCGUGUCGCAUUGAUUUCUUCAUUCAACAAGAUGACGAAGAUGCAGAAGAGCAGAUUUUCAUCUUGCAGAGCAAGUUGCUCCCCAAGUUUGUAACCAGGCAGACUGCUCUUUCAAUCUUGUUCGUCGGAAAGUCGCUCAACCAGAUUCGGUCACUACCAUCAGCGGCAAAGGCAUUGGACGCUACCAAUUCGCUUUCAGAGCUUGAUCUGCUACCUAAGCACGUUCAGCAACUCUCUGAAGUCACCGCGCCAAUAUCAGUAGCGAAGCUUUCUGAAGCUGUAGCGAAUAUUCGUUUGUCGCUCUCACGAAACCUUCUGCAGCACUUGCUACCACGUGAGAAGAUUAUUGAGACCUUGACUGUUUUACAUCAGUUUUUUCUCAUAGGUCGGGGUGAAUUCGCCCUGACUCUGAUUGCUGAGGCAGACGAUAAAAUGUCGUCGCGACACCGCAAUUCAUUGUCAGGAAAGUCUAGCCAGUCAGUAAAGGGCGUGUUACUCAAAGAAGCGGAGAUCAACCAUAUCCUUAUGCGCUCCUUCUCUAUUCUUUCGACACUCUCUAGCGAGGAUGAGAACACGGACGAUAUCUUGGAUGUUGCAACUCAGCUGUUACACUUGAGUGUCAAUGGUUCCUCCAGCCACCGCCCUGGAACACCGGGACGUGCUAAAGACGCAGAUUCCACGCUUCCACAACUUCCGAAUCUGUCCUUUGACGAGUUGCUGCUGUCUGUGCCAACCUCACUCACCAUGGAUAUUUGCUCACCCCUCGAUCUAUUUCUGACAAAGGCAGAUCUUGAUGUCUACUCAUCUAUCAAUUCUUGCCUACUUGCAGUCAGACGUGCCCAUCUACACUUGGCUGAGCUAUGGAGGCACAGCUCUAUACGGAGAGACUAUCCAUGUCCCCCAGGCUACCAAUACAGCAACUCUGCGCACGGAAGAGCAAUACUCAAAAGACGCCGCCAACGCACUACAAAAAGGUCGCAAGACAUGCGAAAAAUCUGGGCCACGUGUGCCGCUGCCAUCUUCUUCUUAGCGGAAAGCGAAGCCUACUUUCACGGAACUGUAGUCCAACAAACGUUCCGCCACUUCAUCACCUGGGUCGCUGGCCCACAAACCUCUUCAGACCCACCCACAGCACCACCCAGCCGCCCUUCUUCCUCAAGAUUCCGCAGAUCUACAAUCGAUGCGAACACCCAACAACAGCACGAUCCUGAGGCCCUAGCCUCAGCCCACCGUCGCUUCCUAUCCUCAGUCGCCUACUCUCUCCUCCUAACCGACCAAUCCUUCACCAAAACACUGCGUACACUAUGCACUCACGUCGACGAACUAGUAGCAUUCAUCACACGCCUGACCAAGAUCCAGCAGAACCUCGACCUUGAAGAAGAUGAAGGUGUAGAAGACUAUGCCCAGAACUACCAAAAAGAAGAAAAAGACGUCAGUAUCGAAAUGGAUCGUGCGAGGCGAAGACUAGACAGCGAUCUCAAGGCGCUGGUGGACCGGUUGCGAGAAAUAGAUAGUGAGAGGAUUGGAGCUUCAGCGCCUGGCACGGCGAGUUCGGUCACGUUGGGCGAAGGGACGUAUGAGCCGUUGAGGGUAGGCGGCAUUGAUCGACUGCUGAUGAAGCUUGAUUGGGGCGGUGAGGAUGGCGAGGGAGAGGCUGUUCUUGAUGAUUUGCUGUAG